CCGCCCUCCCGCGCCCGCGGGGAUCAGCGCCGCCGAGCUCGUCCCCGAGGCAGCAGCGCCGUCUGCGCCGCAGUCCCUGCUCUCCUCGGCCCCGUCUCGCCGCCGCCUCCAUGCCCCGGGGGAGCCGCAGCGUGGCCGCCCGGCCAGCCGGACGCUCGGCCGUCCCUGCCCACCCGCCGCCCGCGGCAGUGGCCGCUGCGCCCGCCCCGUCGGGCCAGCCGGGCCUCAUGGCGCAGAUGGCGACCACCGCUGCAGGGGUGGCGGUGGGCUCCGCUGUGGGCCACGUCAUGGGCAGCGCUCUGACCGGAGCCCUCAGCGGGGGAAGUUCGGAGCCCGCCCAGCCCGCCGCGGCCCAGCAGGCCCCUGCCCGUGCCACCCCGCAGCCCCUGCAGCCCCCACAGCUGGGACCCUGCGCCUACGAAAUCAGGCAGUUCCUGGACUGCUCGACCACUCAGAGUGACCUGACCCUGUGCGAGGGCUUCAGCGAGGCCCUGAAGCAGUGCAAGUACAACCACGGUCUGAGCUCCCUGCCCUGAAGAUGCUGGAGCAGACGCUGGGCCAGCUCUGAGAAGGCUCCAGGGCCCAGCCCUGCACCCACAGCCCCCACCGACAGCCGGCCCACAACGCCAGAUUGUACCCAGGGAGCUGGGUUUGGGGGUAAGGGGGGUUCUCACCUCAUGGGUGACCCAAGAUGCAAAUGUGCAAUUAAAAGUUUAUUUUAGA